GCCCAUUGCCAGCAAGGAUGGUGUCCUCGGGCCCGCCCAACCCCAUGGGCCCUGGGCAGCCAGUCGGCGGCGCCGCUUCGCUUCUCCGCUCGAAUUCUAACCUGCUCAGCGGUGGUGGCCAGCAGGGAAUGGGUGGCGGUGGCGGCAUGCUUCAGUCGCAGUCCCCGUUCUCGUCUCUCGUCUCGCAGCGCGCGCAGUUUACCGGAAAUGGCUUGCUCGGAGCAGCCUCUAAUGUCUCCAACCUACUCAACCGGUCCUCCUUCGGAAACGGUGGCCCUGUUCCAAGUCCAGGACAAAUGCCAAAUGGCGGGAUACCAAUGAACACUCUUCAGCAGAGAGGAGGGCUUGAUGGUGCUGGUGAUUUCGGUGGCUCUGGAGGAUCCGAUCCUCUCUCCUUCCCAUCUUCCUCGCAGGUUAGUUUGGGCAAUCACCUAGGUUCAGAUAUGCUGCAGCAGCAGCAGCAGAUAGAUGUGCAGGAUUUGCAGCACCAGCAGGAGCAACAACAGCAGCAGCAGCAAAUGCAGAUGGCUUACGGCCAGCAGCAAUUGCCACCGCAGUCGCAGGCUACGGUGAAGUUGGAGAAUGGUGGCAGCAUGGGUGGAGUCAAAUUAGAACAGCAAAUGGGGCAGCCUGACCAGAAUGGCCCAGCUCAGAUGAUGCGCAAUGCUGCAAAUGUCAAAUUUGAGCCACAGCAGUUGCAAGCGUUGAGGGGUUUGGGCACAGUCAAGAUGGAGCAAUCAAAUGACCCAUCAGCGUUCUUGCAGCAGCAGCAACAGCAACAGCAGCACCAUCAGCAUCUGCUGCAACUCAACAAGCAGAAUCCUCAAGCUGCUGCAGCUGCUCAACUGAACCUCUUGCAACAACAACGUCUCUUGCAUAUGCAGCAGCAUCAGCACCAACAUCAACAGAUUUUGAAGAACCUCCCUUUACAGAGAAAUCAAUUCCAACAACAACAGCAACAACAACAGCAGCAGCAGCAGCAGCAGCAACAACAGCAGCAGCAGCAACAACAGCACCAGCAGUUACUUCGUCAGCAGAGUCUAAAUAUGAGAACCCCAGGAAAGUCGCCUCCCUAUGAGCCAGGUACCUGUGCAAAGAGAUUGACCCAUUACAUGUAUCACCAACAAAACAGGCCACAGGAUAACAAUAUUGAGUACUGGAGAAACUUUGUCAAUGAAUAUUUUGCUCCAACUGCUAAAAAGAGGUGGUGUGUAUCUCUCUAUGGAAGUGGUCGUCAAACUACUGGAGUUUUCCCACAGGAUGUCUGGCACUGUGAAAUAUGCAAUCGAAAGCCUGGCCGAGGAUUUGAGACAACGGUUGAGGUCUUACCGCGACUAUGCCAAAUCAAAUAUGCGAGUGGCACGUUGGAAGAACUAUUGUAUAUAGAUAUGCCACGUGAAUCCCAGAACUCAUCUGGUCAGAUUAUUUUGGACUAUGCAAAAGCAAUCCAGGAAAGUGUCUUUGACCAAUUGCGUGUUGUACGUGAGGGGCAUCUAAGAAUAGUUUUUAAUCCAGAUCUCAAGAUCGCAUCUUGGGAGUUUUGUGCUAGGCGUCAUGAGGAACUUAUUCCACGGAGAUCAAUAGUACCACAGGUUAGCCAGCUUGGCACAGUUGUACAAAAAUACCAGGCCGCUGCUCAAAAUUCAACAAGUUUAACGACUCAGGACAUGCAGAAUAAUUGCAACUCGUUCGUUGCAUGUGCCCGCCAAUUGGCCAAAGCCUUGGAGGUGCCUUUGGUAAAUGAUUUAGGAUACACAAAACGAUAUGUCCGCUGCCUUCAGAUAGCGGAGGUCGUAAACUGCAUGAAAGAUUUGAUUGACUACAGCAGGCAGACUGGAUCUGGACCAAUCGAUAGCCUUCAUAACUUCCCUCGGAGGACUCCAGGCAUCAAUCCUCUUCAACCACAACAGCAACAGCCUGAAGAUCAGCAAGCUGUCCCCCAGAGUUCAAACCAGAGUGGUCAAAAUUCUGCUCCUAUGGCUGGUGUGCAGACUUCUGCCUCUACCAAUGCAGAUGUGACAUCAAAUAAUUCUCUCACGUGUGCACCCUCUACAUCUGCACCCUCACCAUCUGUUGUUGGGCUCCUCCAAGGUUCCGUGAAUUCUAGACAAGAUCAUGCGAUGACCAGUGUAAAUGGUCUGUAUAACAGUGGAAAUAAUGGUGCAAUUCCCAAGGUGAACUCAACAAGCUCAUUGCAGUCAAACCCGUCUACCUCGUUCCCUUCCCAGGGGCCUACGUCCUCCAAUAACAACAUGAUGCCUGUCCCUCAGAAUACAAACCAACUUGGUUCCCCAGCAGCAUCAUCUUCAAGCUUACCACCAAUGCAGCCGCCUGCAACUAGGCCUCAGGAACCUGAACCAAGCGAUUCCCAAAGCUCGGUUGAGAGAAUCUUGCAAGAGAUGAUGUCAUCACAAAGGAAUGGUGUUGGCCAUGUAGCGAAUGACAUGAAGAGACCAAACGGGCUUACCCCUGGUAUUAAUGGGGUUAACUGCUUAGUUGGUAAUGCUGUCACAAAUCAAUCAGGAAUGGGAGGGAUGGGAUUUGGGGCCAUGGGUGGGUUUGGUUCAAACCCUGCAGCUAGUGGACUGAGAAUGGCAAUGGCGAACAGUGCAAUGACAAUGAACGGGAGGAUGGGAAUGCAUCACACUGCACAUGAUCUAUCACAGUUGGCCCAGCAGCAGCAGCACCACCAACAGCACCAGCAGCACCAGCAUGACAUCGGUAAUCAGUUGUUGGGUGGACUUAGAGCUGCAAAUAACUUCAAUAAUCUUCAGUAUGAUUGGAAACCCUCCCAAUAGAGUGAUCAAAAAUAGAAGAAGCUCAAAUAUGAUGAUGAUGCAUCCCUCACUCGCUCAUUGCUUGGGGAGAAUCAAUUGCUUGUCAUGACUUCCUUUGUGUCAAAGCAUUUAGGCUUUUGCACCAGUGGUGCAAUGGAAAGGAAUCAUAAGCAGUGGCAAGCAUCUGCUACCUGCCUCGAUUAUCACUGUAUGUUGCAACAGUUCGUCUAGCUGUGUAUUAUGCAACUAUGGUACUGAGCUACCUGCUUCGGUUAAGUUACCGAAAGAUAGAGUUAAAAGAUUAGAAUCUGCCUGCACCGUGCACGGUCGGUGUCGGUGUUUGGUGUUAUCUCUCACCCGGAAAAGAAGUUUUCCCUCUUUUUUUUCCUUAACGGAUGACAUCCAAUCUGUAAUUUAUCAUCGCCCUCUAGCAAUCAUAUGUGCUGAUAUCUUCACCUGAGAAAUCUCUCUUUGUAGCCUUACUGUACUCUGUAUAAGUAUCAUAUUGACUAGUGAAAAAGGUAUCAAGAAUGUUUUUUUAUUAGGCUU